CUCAGCAUAAAGUGGGAGCUGGGGGGGCGAGCGCCUCUUCGGAGCGACGACCGGCCGGCGGCCCGUGGCUGCGCGCCCCUCGCCGGGAUGCCUCUCCCCGCGGCGCUGCUGCCGGCGCUGCUCCUGGGGCUGCUGUGGCCGGGGGCGGUGCGCGGCCGGCCGCCCCCGGGCCGCCUCCCCGCCGGGCCCCGCCAGCGCCGCUGGGACGCGGCGCUCUUCGCCCGCUCCGUGGCGCGCCUCCCGGCCGAGCGCCGCGACGCCUCCCGCGACGGCGACUACCUCCUGGGCAUCAAGCGGCUGCGGCGCCUCUACUGCAACGUGGGCAUCGGCUUCCACAUCCAGGUCCUGCCCGACGGCCGCAUCGACGGGAUCCACAGCGAGAACCGAUACAGUCUGCUGGAAAUCUCCCCUGUGGAAAGAGGAGUGGUGAGCAUAUUUGGUGUUAGAAGUGGACUCUUCGUGGCCAUGAAUAGCAGAGGCAAACUCUAUGGAUCUACCCAUUUCAAUGAUGAGUGCAAAUUCAAAGAGAUUCUCCUGCCAAACAACUACAAUGCUUACGAAUCCAGGAUUUAUCCCGGGAUGUACAUAGCCCUGAGCAAAAACGGAAGAACAAAGAAAGGCAAUAAAGUAUCUCCCACAAUGACAGUGACACAUUUUCUUCCUAGAAUCUGAGACAUCUCCCUUCCAACCUACCUCAGCACAGGGAAAGACCCAGAACACAUUUUGGGAAAAGAAACAUGGUGCACUUUUACUGGAGAGUUUUAUGCAAGAGUAGGUGUAAGAUAUUUAAAUUAAUUAUUUAAAUCUGUAUAUAUUGCCACAAAAAUUAUUUAUAGUUCUGAUUUCUUUUUUUUAAUUUCUGAAAACAAAACAAACCUCCAACCCAAGGUAUUUCAUUUCAUGGUGCAACAGUAGAAGACUUAUGCUUUGUGGUUUAUUUAAUUCAUUUCUAAGUUAUCACAGGUGUGCUGCUACUAUGUGUUCUAAAACAGGUGACAUUCAAUUCCUACAUUAGAAUGUUUUGCACUGUGUGUGUGUUGUACAGUGUCUAUUGUUGUACACGUAUUUGUUUGUUAUGGUGGCUUUGUUCUCCUCUGUGUGUUUUCAAAACCCCCGUGACUCCCAAAGAAGCUCUUGGCCUUUGAGAAGGCACAGUACGGAGGUGCCUGGGUGGGAUGCCGGCGUGGAGCCACACACAAUGCCUGACCUCCUUUGUGCAGUGUUGCUAUUUAAUUGGAAUGGUAUCGGUUUACUUCGGUACAGAAAGUGCGGUGCUGAAGAGCUGCCCCACAAAUCUGUUUUUAGAUCUGCCAGUGCUGAACUUUGAACUUUCCUGCAGUCAGUCUUCUUAGAGCUGCCAGGCGGUAGAGAGGUUUAAACACCUAUAUAAACUCAGCAGGAUUUUUUUUUUCUUUUCUAUUUAGAUAAACAGGAGCAUACUAUCUUUUGGAGCCCUUAAUGGACAAUAUAUUUGAUAUGAUUGCUUUGCAUUAGGCUAAAAAAAAAAAAACCUCAGUUCUUCCCCCAGUCAGCACACUGUGAAACAUGCUGCUGUGAACAAAUUAUACCUUAUUCAUAUCAAUUUCCCUUUAAUAUUUGGAGACUACAUGUGUUUGUCAAAGUUUGAAAAAAAUUUAUAAUACUCUUAAGUUUUGAAAAGGCAGUCAUUUGUCUGUUCACAGAAAGAGAAGCUCCAUAGAGAGAAUUUGGAUCAAUUACCAAUAAUCAAGUUUAUUUUGUACUAGUUAUUAUUUUUGGUACAGUAUUUGGAAGGAGAAAUAUGCUGCUUUUGUUCUGUCUCAUUCCCUGAAAAAGUUAAUUAAUUUCUACCUCACUAACUCUCAAAGCCAGUCUCCUAACAAAAUCUGCAUGGAAGGUACACACUUUUCUGCUUCGUCUUAUAAUUCUGGAGAAGGGCUUAGAGGAACUAUCACUGUAAUCCCAAAUCUCUAUUUUUUCCAUAUGUAGCCAAAAGUAUUCAAGAUAGAGUUGGUUGCAUCCUAUUUGAGCCUUGUCACGUUUGAGCUAUCUUUACCCAGUGAUUUACUUUUAGUAAGGAUAAUCAUGGUGAAAAUAUUUGCAGACAGCUGUCAGGCUGCAGUACUAUAUCGUCAUCAAGUAACCCUAUAUUUUUCUUUAUAUAUUUUGCAAGUGUAACUCUAAUGCGAUGAAGGAAAAGACAGGUUUGAUUAUGGGGGAAUCUUUAAAAGGAUCAAUUUUUCCUAUGUUCUUUUUUUCAUUUCUUUAAAUGAUAAAUCAUAUUUGUGGCAUCGAUAAAUUAAGUUGUAACCAGGACUAACCACAACAUUUAAUGAAUUAGAGGAUGUUUAUCGAUCAUCUUCCAAACUAAAGUAGUAAUUUCCGACUAUAUGCAAAUCUCAAGGCUGUGGAUAAUUUGAGUUCAGCUUUUUUUUUUUUUUUCUUUUUACAUUCCUACACAAAAGUCUUUGUUCUAUUGGAAUUGUAUAGACUUGCCUGUAUUCUCUGCUUACACAUGACCUUGAAGACUAAAUCUACUCACCAAAGUUCAGUGAGACCAGAGCAGACCAGGACCACAUCUUAAGCCAGCUGCUGUCAAAGCAAAAAUAACAAUUAAGAAUCAGGAAGCCAAAUCAAGAGAGAGUGCCUAGGAAAUGUCAUGCCUAAGGAUUUUUCUUCUGUAAUUUGGGGGAUAUCUAUACUUUCUAUGUGUUCUAUAUGUGAGUAAUCAUUGUGUAAUUAUCACUGCUACCUCUGACAACUGAUGAUUUCGUUCCAAGUUUCAGACAGCAAAAUCACAAAGAAUUUGCCUGUGAAUGGUUCUUCUUUGUCACUUUUCACGCCAUUGAAAUCCACAACUGACAGCCUCACAGAAGAUAUGUUCAGAGGUAGUUGUUGUAACUUUGAAAUAUUGUGAUAAAACCUUGAUAACAAUGUUACAUGGUAUGAGAGUUCACCAUUUACCAGAAUCUGUCUGUAGUUUUAUACAGGUGCUGUUCAAGACUGUGGUGUAUGUGCUGUGCACAUUUAAAUGCAUAAUAAAUGAUAAAUGUUUACAAUGUA